AUGUCGACCCUGAUUCUCUUUUGCAUUCUUGUUUUAUUUCUGCUAUGGCUGUGCCAAGACUAUCCUACGUGGCGACGAGAACGACGACGACAACAACUCGAUGGUAGCAGUAGCAGUACUGGAAAAGAUAAUACACCCACAGCAUCAACUACCACACCAUCAUCAUCAUCAUCAUCAUCCACCGCAUCCACGACAACAAAAAAGGAAGAGAAGGAGGAUGGCAAAAAGCCUUCGUUUUCUUUAGCUCAUUACAUCCUAGCAACACCUUUGGCAGUAGUUUACAUGGUGAUACGAUUGAUCUUGGAUGCAUUACGGCAUGCAAUCUAUUACACCUUGUGGGGCAUCGAAAAAGCAGCACCACAUGUGGAUGAUUGGUUAUUUGACAAGGUGACAGUAUGGAUUCCUGCCAAACUGGAACAAUGGCAACAAUGGUGGGAGGAUCAUGGAAAGAGACACUUGCAGACAGUACAACGCUACACCAAGCAACGACUUUUACCGGCAUUGAUCCAAGGGGUGGAAACUACCGUGGUUGCUCUCGUCUAUGGUGGGCGUGAAGCAGCACGACUAUGGGAUCAAAUGAUGUUGGCAUGGCAACGAUUCAUGCAACAACACGACUGGCAACAAUUGGCAUCCGAUCUUGUGGACGUCUUGACACCGAUGGCUCUACGUAUAGCAAGACUUGCUGCGAUGGUAUACCAUGGUACCCUUCGUAUUGGCCAAUCACUUAAGCAAGAUGCUCUAUGGGUAUGGACCAUUGCUAUCCCUUUUAUCGUCAACAAGGUGGCAGCUUCUUCCAAUACGAUACGACGUAUCCUCGAUUCUUGUUGCAUAGCUGGUAUCUGGAUCACGGAUCAUGUGGUCACGCCUAUGGUACGCAUAAUUCAACCUGCCAUGAUCAAGACGGCGGAUACGAUUCUUGGCAUUGUACAAUCACCCACAUUUAUCCGAUUACGAUAUGAUUGCUAUCGUGCGAUGGCAGUGCGCUUUGUAUGGGUCGUUAUGGAAAGUAUGACCAUGAUACAAGAUAUGAGUAUUUGUGUGGAAUGGGUGAUUGUGCAUACAUUGGUCCCUUUGAUCUCGUGUUACUUUAAUGAAAUCCAACCACGACUCGCACACGUCUAUCAUUAUAUGGUCGCUUUAUUGGUUCAACAAAUACUUAUGCCUAUCUACCAGCGGUCGUAUCCACUAUGCAUCACUCUAUAUACCUCCAUUGCAAGACCAAUUGCCAUGGCCAUUCAUCAAGCUACGCAACAUACAUACAAGGUGGUGUCAUUAUUGGGACAACGAGCGAUUCAAAUUACUGUACAAGCAUUACAACAUAUGUGGCCCCUUGUAUCUGCUACCAGUCAAUGGCUCCAACGACAGGCACCAUUUUUAUACGAGUUGUUUGCAUCGAUUCAUUUCAAGGUGGAUUGGCCAAGUUUGGGACAAGAUGUCAUGGGGAUGGGUCGUUGGAUGGUAACACAGGCUGAAAAUGUGUUGGCAUCCUUUGAACGCACCUUCUCAGAAUGGAUCAAGGAUCAAUCUUUACCUGAAGAUGAUAAAGUCAAAGUCCAAUAA